AUGACGUCUGCUCCUCUCUCCCCUUCCACUGCUAUCAGUUCUGCGCAUGCGUGCUUGAACACGGAAGCGCGAAAGUUUGAAUUUCCUGUGGGUGCAAUGGAGUUAGCGGAGGUGAGGGAUGUUUCCCUUCUGUUCAUGCUGGUGGAGCAAGAAAGGGAGGUGAAGGAGGAUGAGUUGCUUCCGAUUAUAUGGAAGAAAAGCCGCAAGGAACCGCAUGGCCGCAACAAACGCAUCCCAAGGGGUCCCCCCCAUAAGCGGCCACCGUAUUUUAAGGAGCUAUACGGCUUGUGGAAGGAGGGGGGGCGUCCCUCAUGGGAGGAUCGCCGGCCUGCUGCGCGUCCAACAAAUGACCCCCUUUCCUCAGAAGAGGACAAUGUGGUGGAGGAAGAGCCAGAAGCCGGGUCCUCCCAGGCAGAACCACCCAGACCCAUGGAAGACGAACCAGUCCGUGUCGCGCACGUCGCCACGCAGACCACUAUGCUGCCCCAGUCUACCCAGACAACCAGUCUGGAGGAUUUAAUGGCCAGGAUGGAAAUCAUGGACGGCAAAGUCAACACCCAAGGUCGGCAGUUUGAGGAGCACAGGAAGUCCACACAGGACACCAUCCGAAAGAUGGAGACCUUGUGGAUUCCUGGUCUGCACCACCGAUUGCGUGCUGUGGAGGCAGGACAGGGUGCCGCAAAGUUGUCAGGCCAGGCUUCGGACCAGCGCUAGCGUGUGAUUUGCACAACACCACUCAAGGGUCAUCAUUUUGUUUCAUUUUGGAAGAAAGUGGGUGUGGGGGAACCCAGCCUCGUCCAGCUGACGUGCCACCACCUGGAAUGUUGGAGCAGUGAGGAGCAGGGUGCUCCCCAUCAGUCUCUCCGCUUUGCCCGCCCUCUUAA